AUGGUAUCGUAUCUCAACAUCCCCUCGAACGAGGAUCCCAGCACGUACGUGUCGUUCCCGCCGUGCACACAUCUGUCGCAGGUGCUGGCGUCGGCCGACGGCGAGGCCGUGCUGAAAACAUACAACACCGCCAUGAAAAUCUGCCUCUUGGCAAUGCCUAUCCACGAGGACAGAUCGUAUCUUGCCCAGGACGGCACCAAGGUCCAGCAUGAGGAGCUUGUCCGGCUGCGGUCGCGGAUCGUUCGCUGUGCAAGCUGCCAGGCUGUGUCCAACGUUUUCAUGUGUUUGGAAUGCUCGUUUGUCGGGUGCUAUAGACACCGCCAUGCGAGCGAGCACGCCAGCGCCCACAACCACGCAUUUGGCAUCAAUCCGCACUCUGGCGACCUCAUUUGCUGGCCAUGCCAGAGUUUUGUGAGCGAUCCGUCGCUCGAGCGCAUCAGGAUUAAUCAGAUCAUCCACUCGAAAAAGGUUGCAAACUUCCCCGGGAUGCCCAUCUUCCAGCACGAGCAUGACGCGGAAAAACAGCGGCAGAUCGUCUCUGCGUCGCGUGCGCCGUGUUUCCGCGCCUCCACGGGGCUCAAGGGCUUUGUCAACAUGGGAUCUACCUGUUUCAUGAGCUCUGUUCUACAAACACUAAUCCACAACCCGUUCAUCAGAGAUUAUUUCCUGGCUGGAAGCCACAAUGACUGCAAUAAGAUGGGCGCAGAGUGUCUCUCGUGCUCUGUGGCAGACAUUUUCCAAGACUUUUAUUCGUCGCCCAGUGCUGCCGGCUACGGCCCCGUGUCGCUGCUCACGGCCGCUUGGAAGGUGAAACGGUCGCUGGCCGGGUACUCCGAGCAGGACGCACACGAGUUCUGGCAAUUUCUGCUCCACCAGCUGCAUAAGAACGACACCAAGAAAUCCAAAUCGUAUAAAGAACACACCCCGGUCCCGGGCGACCACCAGUCCCCGGCGCUCGGCUCGUGCAACUGCAUUAUCCACCGCACUUUUGCCGGCGAAUUACAGUCCUCCAUCAGGUGCAAGGACUGCCGGAACACAACCGUCACCGUCGACCCAAUGCUCGAUCUGUCGCUAGAGAUCCAGGAAAAGCACACUGACGGCUCCAAGACCGCCAUUCCGAGUCUGGAAGCCUGUUUGGAUGUCUUCACCAAACCAGAGCAGCUGGACGCCACCUACAGCUGCUCCUCGUGCCAGAAACAGACAAAAGUCACCAAACAGCUCAAAAUAAAGAAACUGCCGCGCACACUCGGCAUCCAGCUCAAACGGUUCGAACAUCUCGCAACCUCCACCAAGAUAGACACACAUGUGCAAAUCCCGCUUUUCCUCAACAUGUCCGACUACGUGCUGGCCAGCAGCGAGCCGCAUUACGGCCAGAACCUGUACGAAUUGUUUGCCGUGGUGUGCCACAUCGGGUCUGCCAGCACGGGCCACUACAUCUGCAUGGUGAAGGCGCGCACGGGGGCGUGGUUCAUGUUCAACGACGCUACGGUGACCAAGGUGUCUCAACAGGACGUUCUCAACUCGCGUGCUUAUCUGCUCUAUUACAUAGUCCACGAAAUGGCCUAG